AUGUCAUCAUAUUGUAGUGAUAGAAGAACGAGGUUUCUUUUUCUAAAGAUACCUGUAACGUUAAAUAGUAUGAUUAGAAAAAACUCUUUUGCAAGCACUUUAGAGGAGAGUAAAAAAAAAAAGGUUAAUAAAAGGAAUAUGAGUAAUAAUUUAGUAUUUCUAUCUAUUUUUAACAUAUUGCUUUUUGGGUUAUUAUUUCGUUUAGAACAACAGGAUAAAGAUUUCAAGGAAAGCACUGAAAGUUUCAAAGCAGCGUUUAGCAAUUUCAUUGGUUCAAGGAAACUGUCUGAUAGAUUUUUUGGAAAAACUGUGGAUAACGAAAAUGGUAACUUAGAAGAAGAGGAGGACAUAGUGUUAAAUAAUAAGUUAGAAUUAAAAGAACAUAAAAAUUACUAUGUGCCAUUAAAUUAUAUAAAUAAUAAUCUUAGUGAAACGUUUGAAGAUACACCGAAUUAUGAAACUGUUAGAAAAAAUGAAAAACAAAAAAAAAAAAUUAUAAAUAAUUGUGAUUAUGAACAUUACGAUGUAGAUAAUUUAGAAUAUCUUAGUGAGCUAACAGAAGAUGAUGUAAAUAAAAGAAUAAUAAGUUUAGGCGAAUAUGUAGAUGUUAAAGAUAUGUUUGUAUUAUGGAAUUAUACUAAUGGUUUUGAGAGAAUAAAAUAUAUUAACAUGCAGAAAAACAUAAUACAAUAUUGUGAAGAUUUAGCAACUAUUACUAAUAUACCAAGAAAAGUAAAAACUGAAGAAUGGACAAAAGUUUAUUAUUUUAUGAAAGAUGAACUUUUCUAUAAAGAACGAGAAUUCUAUAAGGAAUUUUAUGAUUUCCUUCAAAAUGGUCCUUGUCAGACUAAAGUAUUUGUUCAAUUUAUAAAUGAUAUGAAACUCGAAUGGAGGAAUUUUAGGAGGGGCAUUAAUAGUGUAUGUAUGGAGAUGAUAAAUUCGGAGUUCAAUUGCUACUAA